AUGUAAAAAAAAUUUUAAAAAAAAAAAAAAAUUAAGGAUAACCUAACGUUAAUACCAGUCCACAAGGCCAAGCCUCUCCUUUGCCAUCACUGUUGCUUCGAUGAACGAAAUCUCUGAACCUCCAUAGCUUCGAGAACCCAGUAGAGUUACUCUUCUUGCAAAACUCCGGCGAGGCCUUCAAGCUCGCCCGAUUCCGACGCCGACGAAGAAGACCCAUCUUGCUCUUCAACAAAAAACUUCCUCAACGGUGGCCGGAGACUCAACGAAUCGACUUUAGACCUCAAAUCUCCGUCGUAAUCGCCUCCGAACAAAAGAUAUCGGUUAAAUAUCGGACAUUUCAUGGCGUUUCAAUCACGACGAUUUAUCGGGUUUCUCGAGCGCUUCAACAGAACCAGGUACCAUUCCCACUACCUCUCUUCACCUACUUCAUUUUUUCCAUUUCCAUUUUCAACUCUAGAUGACAAGCCAUCACCGAAUCACAUCAAGAACGAAAUAAAUCCCAAGGAACGUUUCGUUCUUGACCAGCUCUCUGAGCUUUUACCAAUCCCUCGUAACUCUUCAGCACCAAACCCAUUUAGAUAUUCUGAAAAUCCCACAAAACAAGUAGCUGAAUUUAGAGCAGUUGAUGGUUUUUUAUUGCCCGAAGAGAAAUUACGAGGGGUUUUCCUUCAGAAACUGAAGGGUAAAACUGCAAUCGAGCAGGCUUUAACGAAUGUUGGUAUUGAAUUGAGUCUUGACAUUGUUGCUAGAGUAGUGAACACAGGGAAUUUAGGUGGUGAAGCAAUGGUUAUGUUUUUCAAUUGGGCGAUUAAGAACCUGGCUAUAACUAAGGACAUUAAUGGUUACCGUGUGAUUAUCAAAGCGUUAGGAAGAAGAAAUUUUUUUAAGUUUAUGACAGAAAUAUUGCGUGACAUGAGGACGGAAGGCGUGAGCCUUGAUUUAGAGACUCUAUCAAUUGUAUUGGACAGUUUUGUUAGAGCUCAUAGAGUGUCAAAAGCAAUACAAAUGUUUGGAAAUGUAGAAGAGUUUGGGUUGAAAUGUAAUACCGAGUGUUUGAAUGUGCUCUUACAAUGUAUGUGUCAUAGAUCCCAUGUCAGUGCUGCAAAUUCGUUUUUGAAUUCAGUUAAAGGGAAGAUACCAUUUGAUGUUAUGACAUAUAAUAUUAUUAUUGGUGGGUGGUCAAAAUUGGGUAGAGUUAGUGAAAUUGAGAGUGUUUUGAAAGCAAUGUUAGUGGAUGGGUUUAGUCCUGAUUGCUCGACUUUCAGUUACCUUAUUGAGGGUUUAGGGAGGGCUGGUCGGAUUGAUGAUGCAGUUGAGAUUUUUGAGCACAUGAAGGAUAAAGGUUGUGUGCCAGAUACUGGAACCUACAAUGCAAUGAUAUUUAACUCUAUAUCCAUUGGAGAUUUUGAGGGGUGUAUGAAAUAUUAUAAGAGUAUGUUGAGUAAUAACUCUGACCCGGAUGUUAUUACUUAUACCACAUUAAUUUCUGCCUUGCUUAAAGCCCGUAAAGUGGCUGAUGCACUUGAGUUGUUUGAUGAGAUGUUGAGUCGUAGUCUUAUUCCCUGCACUGGAACUGUAACCUCCUUCCUUGAACCCUUGUGUAGCUAUGGUCCGCCCCAUGCUGCCAUGAUGAUUUACAAAAAAGCAAGAAAAGUUGGAUGUAGAAUAUCGUUGAGUGCUUAUAAGCUAUUGCUUAUGCGGCUUUCUAGGUUUGGUAAAUGCGGAAUGUUGUUAAACAUGUGGGAUGAGAUGCAAGAAUGCGGUUAUUCUUCAGAUAUGGAAGUUUAUGAGCAUGUCAUCAACGGACUUUGCAACAUAGGGCAGCUUGAAAAUGCAGUACUUGUUAUGGAAGAGUCUUUGCGGAAGGGUUUUUGCCCUAGCAGGCUUAUAUAUAGCAAACUAAAUAACAAAUUAUUGGCUUUGAAUAAAGUAGAAAGGGCUUACAAGCUAUAUUUGAAGAUCAAAGAUGCUCGUCGUGAUGAAAAUGCUAGGAGAUAUUGGCGUGCUAAUGGGUGGCACUUCUGAAGUGGCAAGCUUAUCAGCAGCAACUGCAGUUUUUCAUCCUUGCUUUGCAAUUCCUGCAGCAAGUUUCAAACUUGCUUGCAGUAUGAAAUGAUUCUUCUUGUGCUUCCUUUGGUUGGACCGUAUGAGCAUAUGCAGAUCAUCUUAAUAAGUUGUCAGCUUGAAGCUCAAAAUGACUAAAAUCCAACUUGCUAAUUCGCAAUAUUUGUAUAAGCAUGUUGACUGGGAAGGGCCUCAUCCACUGGACACUCACCAUAUUGUCAUCCAACGGAAUUCUGCACGGAUUUUCCUUGUCCACCUCUUUGCUCUUUUGCUGUUCAUAAACGCCAUCUAUCUCUGCUUAUUAAAUGUUACUGGAAACAGUAGCAGUAGAUCUUCCAAGUGGUUGGUAUGUAAAUCGUUGACAGGUGGGCUUUGAAUGGUCUACCUUCAGCUACCUGUGUUAGAAAGGAUCUAAUCAAAUUUGUAUCUCAUGUAUCUGAUGUGUAUGUGUGUGUGAUACUUUCAAUUUUCAACCUUCUGUUAUCCCAGGUCUGCAUGUUUGAUUUGUGUUGUACUUUUUAAUAUCUAGGAAUUUCUCAAAGAAUAUAAUACACACGCAUAUACAUUUUAAUAACACCUAUACUUAAUCUUGUUUUUUUUUUUUUUUUUUGUGUGUGUGUUUGAUGUUGGGGGGAUCAGUUGCAAUUUAAUGCUUUCAUAACAAACACAAUUUGUUGUAACAGUUUAGAUAGAUAAAUACGAAUUUAACUUGAUGGCAUAUCUGGUGACAGGGAACAUUAGGUACCAUUUUCCUUCUGAGCAUGCUUUCCAGUGCUUGCCUUGUCAAAUCAUAUUAUGGGACACUUAUUGAGAAAGAGUCUGUUGUAAUUAUACCUUCACUCGGAGUGCAACUUGAAGCUCACUAUUGGAGUGGGAGAGUUGUUCGUAGCUUAAUUCCUAUUGACAAAAUACUGAAGCCAGUCCUGAAUGAGAAUGUGACUCCAUUUACUUGUUACUGGAGCUUGGUUUUGCUCGUUCGUGGCAAAAAAGAACUAAUUUUUGGCAUUCACGGUAGUAAAACCGCCAGUGAAACUGUUGGUUCCCAUCUGGAAGGCAUUGUGUGCAGCUACUUAUUGUGGAGAAACCACCGAUUCCUGCAGAAGAUAAAUAACAUGCCUGUUUUUGGCUUUCUGAUCUGUACCUCACUGUAAAUGGAAGCUGUUCACUGCUGAUUUAAUUUCAAGGUCAUGAUGGCAAGCUCAUAAUUAGUCAGACAAUGUGAAUCGAGUACUGAGGGUUUCCUAGUGGCAAUAAUUGUCAAAUGUGAAUCAUCUGCAAAUCAUUGUAGCUUAGUGGGAGUUGAUAGGUUUACAAUAGGUGCUUAUCUAUGUCUAUAGAGAUUCCUUCUUGGUCUGUAUAAUUUGCCCCUGAUGUCUUAUCUAUGUUUUUUCUAUUUAAUCUUAAUCAGCCUGUAAUGUCAUGAAUCUCACGCUGUUAUCUUUGCCACAAAUUUCAUUGCAUUACUUUUUUUCUUUUU